GCCCUUCUAAAUUACGUCACGUCCAGCUACUGCUGUACUCACUGGGCUUCAGAAGGGGGUCGCUCAUUGCGGUAAAAUAGUAAAGAAAACAACACCGCAGAGUGAGUUUGCUGCUAAGCUAACAUCACUGCGUUCAUAGAAAUAUCGGAGCCGUUUUGUUUCAAGAGCAAAGUAAGGGAGGCGACAUCAGAGCGGAGGCCAGCAGAAGGGACAAUGACUCAGGGUGUUCUCGCGUGAGGAGAAAUUAGAGCCUGCUGAGAAAAGAAAACGUCUGUUGGAGGAAAAACCAGAGCGUGACUCUUCAGCCCAGAGAUGAAUUUUGAGCAGCCGCCUCCAUACCCAGGCAGUGGACCUUCUGCUCCAGGCUACCCAGGGCAGGGCCCACCUCCUCAGGGCUACCCACCCCAAGGUUAUCCUCCACAGGGAUACCCAGUGAACAUGGACCAGCCUAACCCGGCCUACCCUAACUACCCCGCUGGUCCAGGGGGUCCUGGAGGUCCCUAUCCUGGCCCAGAUCAGCCCCCGUUCCAGGGGUAUCCAGGCCAGCCACAGUAUGCCUGGCAGGGUGGACCCCCUCCUGGACCCAUGUAUGGGGAAGCCCCAAAAAACACAGUGUAUGUGGUGGAGGAGAGGAGAAGGGACGACACGGCGGACACCUGCCUGACGGCCUGCUGGACGGCGCUGUGCUGCUGCUGUCUCUGGGACAUGCUGACAUAACGUCCUUCUUCAUUUUGUUCAGCUUUAUUAGUCUCCUGUAAGCUGAAAACCUCAUCAACCUUCCCCCUUUCUUCUUCUUCUUCUGCCUUAAAACCUGGCUCCGUCUCACCUCUGCCCCCACUCACCUCAUCGUCUCUACUAUUUCUCAAUAAACAAAAGCUCCAGUCUCAUAGGGAAGUCUUUCCGCUCAAUGUGAAGUCCUCAGCUCUGGUAGACUUGUCCACAAGUUGUCUUGUAGUGGUCUGUAACGGAGCUUAACACCAACAUGAAUCUGAGGCUCUUUUUUUUUUUUUUUUUUAAAUUGCACACCUACACACAACCUUCACACACACGCAUU